CAAGCACAGCUACCUUUUUCCUUCCUCUUUUUUUCCCUACAUAUUCGCGGAAUCUCCUCUUCUCUCUCUAUAGUCCUCAGAAUUAUAUCGAAGUCUCUUGCCUUUUUUUCUCUUCCAGACCUGCAAGUUGCUGAGCCCAACACAGGACUGGCUAUUUGUCACCAUGUGUGUGCAGGAGCAGGACGCCGAGCAAGGUGGUGAAGAAGAUAUGGAGACCCAUGAGAGCAGAAGGAAGACAUGGCCUUUGCAUUGUGAUUUCUUGCGUGCCCAGAUGGAGGACUGGGAAAAGGAGCCUCCUUUCACAACUUCCAGUGUUGGGAAUUCAUUUCCUCUGGAAAGCAUAAGUGAGGAUACAGUGAUUGGAGACAAAAAGCAGACAUUGAUGAACUUUGUCCCUGUUCUUCGGUCCGGCGAGUGUUCAGAUAUUGGAGGUCGUCCUUCUAUGGAGGACACCCACAUAUGUGUUGGAGACAUGGUCAAGGAGUUUGGGUAUAAAGUUAUCCGUGAGGAAGUAGUUUCCUUUUAUGGAGUAUUUGAUGGACAUGGAGGUGAGGGUGCUGCAAAAUUUGUCCGAGAUUAUCUGCCGAGAGUGAUUGCAGAAGAUGCUGAUUUUCCCUUGGAGAUGGAGAAGGUAGUCACAAGGUCAUUCUUGAAGACUGAUGCUGCAUUUGCAGAGUCUUGUUCUCUUGAGUCUUCCAUGUCUUCUGGUACAACUGCACUAACCGCCAUUGUACAUGGCAGGUCUUUGCUUGUUGCCAAUGCCGGGGACUGCCGGGCAGUGUUGUCCCGAUGUGGAGGGGCUAUAGAAAUGUCCAAAGAUCACAGACCCUUGUGUAAUACAGAAAGGAAGAGGAUUGAAUCCUUAGGUGGUUCUAUAUAUGAUGGUUACCUGAAUGGCGAACUCAGUGUGACUCGUGCUCUAGGCGACUGGCACCUUGAAGGAAUGAAGAAAAUGAGUGAAAGAGGACAAGGAGGGCCACUGACGGCUGAGCCAGAACUUAAACUGAUGACAUUAAACAAAGAAGAUGAGUUCUUAAUACUUGGGAGUGAUGGAAUCUGGGAUGCAUUCACUAGCCAAAAUGCAGUUGAUUUUGCUAGGAGACGGCUUCAAAAGCACAAUGACGUGAAAAUAUGCUGCCAGGAAAUGGUAGAGGAGGCCGUUAAGAGAGGAUCAAUAGACAACUUAACUGUUGUGAUGGUAUGUUUUCACUCAGAUCCGCCGCCACCCAUGGUGGUAGAAAGGGUUAGAGUCAGGAGCAGCAUUUCAGCUGAGGGACUUCAGAAUCUAAGAUCUCUGUUGGAAGGAUAGAAAAAUUUUCCCUGUGAAGCUGCUGUCAUCUUUUCUUUUCCUUUGAGCUGUUAUAUACAUACAUAUAUAUAUAUAUUCAAGCAUCGCACAGAAAAUGCCUUCCAGCUGCAGAAUCUCCUCAUUGAUGCUUAUUAGCCUUGUUUCUGAGGAGGAUGGGGAAAUAACCUUUGAGCUGCAUGAUUCUAGAGAGAUUCAUAUCAUCAUCAUCAUCAUCUCUUGAAGCUAUUUUUCUCAUUGUUAUGGAACCAUGUGAGUUGUACAGAGAUUACACAUAAGUGAGGCAUUGUAAUCAUAUUUUUCAUGGCCUUAAUGUUGAAGCAAGCGUUGUAAAUAAACUGUUAAUCUGUCAAACUUUCAUGCAAGGCUUGUAGCUGUUCCUGCUUACAAAA